AUCUCGCGCGCAAGAUGUGUUGACUAUUAAAAUUUUGUUCUAUUUACGUUUUUAUAGAAAUUUUAAGCUCCUAGAGUUUUGGAUAGUAGAUUUUUAUUCUAUUUGUGCUAUUUAAUAGUAUAUUGUAGGCUUAAUAUGAGCAGUAUCGAAAUCGUGUGCCGUUUUUGUUUGCGGCAUCACAGCCGAAUGUGGUCGCUGAAGGCACUUUACGAGAAGCAGCACUCUUUUCUGGAAAAAGUUUACCAAUGUGCACAGAUUAACAUAAUAGAUGUGGACGAGCUGCGUACCUGGGUGUGCUACAGCUGCUACCGAAACAUUCAGAGAUUUUGCGCCUUCCGAGAAAUGCUCCGUGGGAACCAAAAUGAGUUUAGCCAACGCUUUCAAGAGGAACAAUUGGAGCAAAAAAACGUGGUCUGCUCAACUAACCAUCAGCAGAUUCAUGUGGCGUAUGAUUUUCUUGGCGAAUUAGAUAAUUGUUGGGAAUCUGACGGAAACGACUGGUGGGACACAGGUGAAAGGUUUACUGAAACGUGUAGAACUAACGAAGAUUCUGGCUUCAAUGAUCACCCAUCGCAAAAGACAACGGUGUCCCUGGAAAAUUGUUACGGAACGUUAGGUUCUGAAAUGGUUAAAUGUGAGUCAUGUCAAUACAGAUACCCAUUAUGUGCAACGGAUAGCAGCGUGGAAACGAUUGAAGAUCAUAUUUGCAUAGAAUAUUGCUAGUUUUGUUUUAGUUGAAUUAUGAAUUUAACAAAAAUUGAAGUUGUAAAAGUGUUUGACAAUAUAUUUUGCUUCCAAUAUAAAUAU